AUGAGUGAGAAAAACACACGUAUUGCCAUUGUUUCAGACGAUAGAUGCAAACCUAAGAAAUGUCGUCAGGAAUGCAGAAAAUCCUGUCCUGUUGUUAAGACAGGAAAGCUUUGUAUUGAAGUUGAAGCAUACUCCAAAAUUGCCUUCAUCAGUGAGACUCUGUGUAUAGGUUGUGGUAUUUGUGUGAAAAAGUGUCCAUUUGGAGCAAUUAACAUUAUCAAUCUGCCCACUAACUUGGAGAAGGAGGUCACCCACAGAUACAGUGCCAACUCAUUCAAAUUGCACAGAUUGCCAACACCUAGGCCAGGUCAAGUCCUAGGUCUUGUUGGAACCAAUGGUAUUGGGAAAUCCACCGCAUUGAAAAUUCUUGCAGGUAAGCAGAAACCAAAUUUAGGUAGAUACGACGCGCCACCUGACUGGGAAGAAAUUUUGAAAUACUUCAGAGGAAGUGAAUUGCAAAAUUAUUUUACCAAAGUUUUGGAGGACAAUAUUAAAGCAAUUAUUAAGCCUCAAUAUGUUGACAACCUUCCAAGGGCAAUCAAAGGUCCUGUUAAUAAGGUUGGUGAGCUUUUGAAAGCCAAACUGGAAAGAAAGGAAGAGGGAAAGCAUAUCAUCCAAGUUUUGGAAUUGAAACACGUAUUGAACAGAGAAGUCGCUAAGCUUUCUGGUGGUGAGCUUCAAAGAUUUGCAAUUGGUAUGACUUGUGUCCAAGAUGCUAAUGUGUACAUGUUUGAUGAACCUUCAUCCUAUUUGGAUGUUAAGCAACGUUUGAAUGCUGCUCAGAUUAUUAGAUCUUUGUUGCAUGCCACCUGUUAUGUUAUUGUUGUUGAGCACGAUCUGUCUGUUUUGGAUUAUCUUUCUGAUUUUGUUUGUAUUUUGUAUGGUGUACCAUCGGUUUACGGUGUUGUCACUUUGCCAGCCUCUGUCAGAGAAGGUAUCAAUAUUUUCCUUGAUGGUCAUAUCCCUACCGAGAAUUUGAGGUUCAGAACUGAGUCUUUAAAAUUCAAACUUACAGAUGCUUCGGACUCUGUAUUAAUUGAACAAAGUAGAGCUUUUGAAUACCCCAAAAUGGUUAAGACUCAAGGUGAUUUCAAGUUAACCGUCAACGCUGGUGACUUCUCAGACUCGGAAAUUAUUGUGAUGAUGGGUGAAAAUGGUACCGGUAAGACCACUUUAUGUAAGCUGUUAGCUGGUGCCAUUGAAGGUGAUGAAGGCACCAAGGUACCCAAAUUGAAUGUUUCUAUGAAGCCCCAAAAGAUUGCUCCAAAAUUCACAGGAACAGUUAGACAACUGUUCUUGAAAAAGAUUAGAUCAUCUUUCUUACAUCCACAAUUCAACACCGAUGUGAUGAAACCUUUAAAAGUUGACGAUGUCAUUGAUCAAGAAGUCCAGCAUUUGUCUGGUGGUGAAUUGCAAAGAGUUGCCAUCGUCUUAGCUUUAGGAAAAGAGGCAGACAUCUACUUGAUUGACGAGCCAUCUGCUUACUUGGACUCUGAACAGCGUAUUAUCUGUUCGAAGGUUAUUAGAAGAUUCAUCCUGCAUUCCAAGAAAACUGCUUUCAUUGUGGAACACGAUUUCAUCAUGGCCACAUACUUAGCCGAUAAAGUGAUGGUAUUUGAAGGUCAGCCUUCCAAGAAUGCUGUUGCUAACCGCCCAGAAACCCUUUUGACUGGUUGUAACAGGUUCUUGAAAAACCUGAACGUCACUUUCAGAAGAGAUCCAAACUCUUUUAGACCCAGAAUCAACAAACUGGACUCCCAGAUGGAUAGAGAGCAAAAACUGAGUGGUAAUUACUUCUUCCUUGAGAACACUGAGUUAUAA